UUUUCAAUCUCCAUUCUUCCACCAAACGCAGAGAAAGUUAGAGAGAGAGAGAGAGAGAGAGAGAGAGAGAGAGAGAGAGAGAUGGCGGAAGAGAUCGCAGACGAAGAUGCCCAACUGGCUUCGAGAAUCGCCAAAAUCCUUGACGAAGCCUCCGCCUCCAUCGCCACCCAUAACCGCAAGCUCAAGGAGCUCUCUGCCCUCCGCUCCAAGACGACGUCGUCUUCUUCUUCUUCCUCAUCCUCAUUCUUCUCCGCGUUCGCCAAAGCCCUACUCCCGCUCUUCGACUUCCAGAGGCGGUUGGCCUCCGCCGAACGAGUCGUCCGAUUCGUCUCGGCCUUUGCCACCUAUAGAGGCCCCAACCAGGCCCCCGAUUGCGGCGACGCCUUCUUGGAGGACUUCCUCCGGUUCCUCCUCGCCGCCGCCGCCGCCGCCAACAGGACCGCCAGGUUCCGCGCCUGCCAUAUCUUUUCCGAGAUCAUCAUGAGGUUACCAGAUGAUGCAGAAGUAACCAAUGAACUCUGGGAUGACGUAAUAGAAUGCUUGAAGAUUCUGGUGGAGGACAAGGUCCCUGUAAUCCGUACAUGUGCAGUUAGGGCUCUUUCUCGCUUUGCAACUGAUUGUGAGGACAGUGACGUCCUUGAUUUAUUUCUAGAAGUGCUUCCUUCAGAGCCAAAUGCGGAGGUGCGUAAGACAAUACUGCUAUCUUUGCCUCCUUCCAAUGCAACUUCACAAGCAAUCAUUGAUUGUACAAUGGAUGUCAGUGAAUCAGUGCGAAAAGCAGCAUACUAUGUUCUAGCUGACAAAUUUCCUCUUCAAAGCCAUAGCAUCAAGCUCAGAACAGUAAUUCUGCAGAGAGGACUAGCGGAUCGUUCUGCAGUUGUUUCAAAGGAGUGUCUUAAACUGAUGAAAGAUAAGUGGCUUACUAAGUGCUGCAACGGUGACCCAAUAGAAUUUCUCAAAUAUAUUGAUGUUGAAACGUAUGAAUUGGUUGGAGAGUCUGUGAUGAGGGCUUUGUUAGAAGCUGGCUUAAUUCAAAUACGUGAUGGCCAAAGCAUCGGUCGAUAUAUUUUAUCUGAGUGUGAGACUACUGAAGUAGACACCGCGAAUGCCACCCCAAACAUUCAACUAAUGGAAGCAGAGGAUGCUCUUUAUUGGAGGAUGGUAUGUUGGCACUUGCAGAAAGAAGCACAAGCAAAAGGCUCUGAUGCUGCUGCUGCUAUGGGCACUGAAGCUGCAGUGUAUGCAGAAGAAGCCUCAAAGAACAAUGACCUCCUUGAGAGAAUUCUACCUGCAACAGUCUCAGACUAUAUACAAUUGGUCAAAGCUCAUAUGAAUGCUGGAUUAAAUUUUCCAUCUCGGCAGCUUGUAUUGCUUGGUGCAAUGCUUGAUUUUUCUGAUACUACAAACAGGAAGGUAGCUAGUGAAUUCCUGGUGGAACUACUGCACAAGCCUUUUGACCAUGAAGUUGAUGAUGAUGGGAACAUGGUUGUUCUUGGAGACGGAAUAAACCUUGGUGGAGAUGGAGAUUGGGCUGAGGCAGUGUCUGGAUUGGCAAGAAAGGUGUAUGCAGCUAGUGGUGAAUUUGAAGAAGUUAUCCUUAGGGUUAUAGAAGAGCUAGCUCAGCCUUGCAGGGAGAGAACAGCAAAUUUUAUGCAGUGGAUGCACUGUCUUGCUGUGAUUGGCCUUCUCUUGGAGAAUGCAAGAUCAUUGCGUUCGAUACAAGGGAAAGUUAUUGAACCUACUGAACUCCUGCAAUCUUUAUUGCUUCCAGCGGCAAAACAUGCUCACUUAGAUGUGCAGAGGAUUACCGUCAGGUGUCUUGGACUUUUUGGGUUGUUAGAGAAGAAGCCAAGCAAGGAAGUAGUAAAGCAGUUAAGGCUUUCUUUUAUUAGGGGCCCCACUCCAAUUAGCGUAAUGGCAUGUAAGGCAUUGAUUGAUCUUGGGAUGUGGCAUAAUCCUCAGGAAGUUGAUGGAUCUUUGGGACUGGAAGUUCAAGACAGUGAGGUUGCUUCUAGUCCUAUAACACUUUCUGAUGAGGAAGAGAAUCCAAGUACUAAACUGCUUGAUCUCUUAUAUGCUGCACUUGAUAAAGAUGAUUUGGGCAAUCUUUUAGGAAGCGAUGGAAAUGAGUCAGUCCAAGCUGUACUUGGAGAGGGAUUUGCUAAGAUUCUUCUUCUAAGUGAGAACUAUCUGAGCAUACCUGCUUCUUUACAUCCUUUGCUGUUGACGAAGCUCAUUAACCUGUAUUUCAGCAGUAAAACCAAAGACUUGCAUCGGCUGAAACAGUUCUUAUCUGUAUUUUUUGAGCAUUACCCUUCCCUUUCUGCUAAGCACAAGAAGUAUAUUUCCAAGGCUUUCGUUCCAGUCAUGCGUUCUAUGUGGCCAGGCAUUGAUGGAAAUGCUGGAGGUUCUGCAUUUGUUGUGUCUAACAUGCGCAAGCGUGCAGUACAAGCAUCACGAUUUAUGUUGCAUAUGAUGCAGGCUCCUCCGUAUAGAAAGGAAAAUGAAACAGAGGAUGUAAGUGGUAGCGAGGACCUGCCAGAAACUGAAAAUAAUACAGUGGAACCUCCUCCUGAGUGUGGUGAGGAGGGGCUCGCGAUCCGCAUAGCCGCCGAGGUGGCAAGCUUCCCUGAGAAGAAGACUCCUGCAGAAAGGGCGUACAUCUCUGCAAUGUGUAGAGUACUUGUUUUGCUCCAUUUCCGCUUAUCAGAACAAGGGGCAAUUAAGUUAAUGAAGAGGCUUUUAAUAUCUGUUGCUGGAUCCAUUUCCACCGAAAAGGAUCUCAUAAAGGAGUUAAAGCGGAUGGCUGAUCAUCUUAAGGCAAUAGAUAAACAUCCAGAACAGGAACUAGUACAAGAUCAAGCUAAUCUUAUAUUUGGGAGGUUAGAGCUAGACUUCAACGUAGAUCUCACUGGUUCCGUUGAAACGCUUCAAACACCAGCUCCUCCCUCAACAAGACCAACACGCACCAGGAGACGAGUAAGGUAUCAAGAGACAUCUUCUGAUGAAGAAACUUCACCCACCUCAGUCGUUCCUGCUACUGCUUGCACGGUAACCCGGCGCUCCGAGAGGGCAAGUAAGACUGCGGCAGUGGCAAAGAUUACUGCCAACAGAGGCCGCAGUAUGGAAGAGGACGAUAUCGCGAAGCAAGAAGACUCUGAGGUGACAUCUGAUGAGAGUUCUGAUGAAUCCUGUCAGCUCACUGAAUAACUGUAUUGACAUGAUAGACAUUUGAUUUCAUGGAAAAUUCAACAAGCAUCAUUUGUUGUAUGAUUGUAUUUCUGGUAAGGCCUGAAGACUUUUUGUAUAUAUUUGCAAAAGGAAUGCUAAAUGUCCAUGUUUUGAGUGAGGCAAAACCAACAGAACAACUAAAAGUUUUAGUUUUGUUAAUGUAAAUGCCAGUUGAUACUUGGGGUGGAGUAAAGUUAUAU